AUGAACCAAAAAGAGGCUGUCGACUCGACUGCUCGUAAGGGCUUCCACGGAGGUCUACUUCCUGGCAGGACGUACGACACGGUUGUCGUUGCUGUGUACCUUAAUCAAAGCACCGAGAUGUACGCUGGGAGUCACUCAACUAAAGCUCACGGUAUUUAUUCUAAGCAGUGUCUUUAAUAUAUAUAUAUAUAUAUGCAUAUAUUUGUGCAUAUUUAAUUUAUCAACUGAAGUUUUUUUCCAACCAUGCCCCGCUAAGCCAAGUAGAUCUGAAUCUGGAGUUUCCAAUAUUCCCAUAUAACAAUGCAGAAGACCAUUUGGCGAGCAUACGCGUGCUUGCGACAAAUUGUUAUCGGGUCAGUGCACUCUUAUCAGAAUGAAAUGCAAAGUAAAUCGUGUGAGCGAAAAGGGGAAUGGAUUACGAUUCGUCUUUUCAUACAAGAAUGGUGUGUGAAUAGGUUGGGGGUGUAGGUAGGAAGUGCGAGUGAGGGUUACGUAGUGCUGUAUCAUACGGGAGGGAGGUGGAGAAGGAGAACGGGGGCGAAAACAUGCAUGCGCUUACUCGAUCUUUGGUUAUGGUAGACGCGGAGCGUGCAACAGGCUAAUCUGCGCGCACAGGACCAAAUUCUUUAUCCUGAUGGGAGUAGAUGCUGUCCUUGCUAGCAAGCGCUGUCAUAGUUGCUUAGGAUAGUUAAAUUGGACCUUGUAACUCACAUGCUUUUGGGGUUUUUGUGAGUCCCAGACUUCCCAUUUAUUUCACAGAAAUUGGAUAUUUACUGCUAUUUGGUGUUAAGUAUUAUCUUCAGUGUGUCCCUAAUUAACAGUGCACGUAGUGUACGGCACUUAUCCUGCGUCACUGUGAACAAGAUAUUUCACGUCUGUCAGACGAGACAAGCGUAGGAGAAUAUUGAUGCCUCACAAGCUCGACAGACAGCCUACUACAUUUUAACUGAUAGGGCUUCUACAUGAGUUGAAUAAGAUCGACAGUUCAAAUUAUUUCGCGGACGUACAGUUACUGCUUAUUGUGACAUUGGGGAUGUUGAAAGGGUACUUUUAUGUACAGUAGGUGGACUAACUCAUGAAAAUUCAACGGAAAUUCCGAAAUGCGUCUUCGUUUCGAAAAGAUUAAUUAAGUAGGAUUGUAAUCAUCAUGCAACAUAAUUCAGUUACCUCAGGAUGUCGGCUGUCGAACAAACUUCUUUCCGGCCGAAUGCAAAAAUCGUGCUCAGUAAAAAAUGACUACUUAUGUUGCAUGCAUUUUGCUUAUUGAUUUUUGAUGCCCUUGAAAAUUCAAUUAUAUUUCAUACAAAACAUGCAUAAAAAUAUUCCUUCUUUUGCUUAUUUGGUGGAAAAUUGCGUCUUCGUCCAAUUAUAUACUCGAAUACAGGACAUAAUUUGGUUUUCAAAAACUUUUCCAAUCCCCAAAUAGUUUUGAACCCAACCUGCCGUUACACUUGCAUUCAGGAUUUCCAAGCUACAAGCCGUAUUUUUUCCGCGUAUGGAAAACUAUACAUAUCUCUAGGGUAUUCAGAGAAGACUAUAUGGGGACCAUAAAAUUUAGCAGUGGGUUUGAGCCAUAUUGUUGACUUUGCAAGCCACAUUGGUAAAUGCAGAGACCUGACGAUUUAUGAACGACCAUUUCACGGUAUUAAAAAAUCCCUCAAUAACAAACUUUUUGAAACCGAAUUAUACCCUUCUUUCGAGUAUAAAAUUGAAAGAAAACGUUAUUUUCCACCAAAUGAGCAAAAGGAUGGAUAUGCGUGUGCAUGUUCUCCAGGAAAUAUAAUUGAAUUUUAAGAACAUCGAAGUUCAAUGAGAAAAACUCUUGCUACAUAUGUAGUCAUUUUUAACGAAGUGUCUUUUUUGGAUGCAAAUGGAAAGGAGUCUUUUCGAAAGCCGGCAUCUUGAAGUAACUAAUUUAUUAUAAAAUUAUGCUGCAUGCUUAUUAGUUUUACAAACCUAUUUAGUUGAUCUUUUCAAAACGAAGGGGUAUUUCAGAAUCUCGGUUGACAUUUCAUGAGUUAGCCCACUCACUGUACAUCGGCACUUUUGCCGAGUGGGAAAUUGAAAUCCCUCUCCACUUAUUACUGCCAAAGCUGAAGCCUUGACAAAACACAAUCGGUUACUAAAACGAAUCCGCCACGUCUUUUGAUGCCCUUUUUAGUCGCUGAUAAUGACUUGAUCGUAGUGUUUAUGUCAUUUUGCAAAUCCAAAUCCAGUUCCACUUUUCGGCCUCACCUAAAUAAUUUGCCUUUAUUUGCAGAGAUUGCAUACUUCAUAUGCCCUUACAGUCUAGACUUUCCGUUUAGCGCCCAGCAAAGUAAGAGAUCUCCGAGGGAAAGUUUCAACUUCGGAUUCCAUUAGUCUGACGUGGUCGCCGCCGUUGCAACCCGGUGGAGAACUGAGGGAAUAUCAGAUCAGUUUGACAUACAAUAAAAGUAGAAGCAUACUGACAAAGCAUCAACGUAUCUCCUCCAAGAGAACUACAUAUGAGGCUUCGGGCCUUCCCGUUGACUGCGACAUCUACGUAAAAGUCAAAGCCAGAACAAAAUCACACAUGGCGGACGCAGAUCCACUAGAGGGAAGCUGGAGUGAAGUACUUCAUUUGAAAACAUUUGCAGGUACGCGAAAUACGUUUAAGUAUACUCUGAUGUUCAAUUCUAAGUUGUUAUACGAAAAUUGUUACAUUUUUUGCAUCCUCGUUUUACACGCCCGAAUAACCUCCUACCCAGAUCCUACACACUCGAAUUGGACAGUGGACGUCGUCACAGUCAAUGAGUCCACCCUUCAGUUUGAAUGGUUGCCACCCCUGUUUGAAGUGGAUGGAAUGUUGCGCAUUGAACUGAAAGCAGCCACAACAAUAGACGGACGGGAGGUGACCUUCAAAAACGUCUUCAGUCCUACCGUUCGCAAGGGCUUCCUUGGUGGUCUGUUCCCUGGCAGGACAUACGACACCUUGCUCGUUGUCGAGUACUCUAACCGAAGCACUGAAAUGUACAUCGGGAGACACUCUACUAAACCUCCCUGUACGUUCUUCCUUCAAAUAUAUGCUUCAGUCAAAUUUAUGCGAACCAAGUGAUAAUGACUAAAACCCUGGUUGAACAGUGUAGAUUGUGGUCUUUUUAUAGUGUCUGGUCAUCCUAACAAGAUGAAAAUCAACAUAAAAUUCAGAAUUGUUGCCGUACGAAAGAGCGACUAUCACUUAACUAAGAUACUUGUGAAUUUUUGGGCGAAAUGUAUCUGUUCCACAAAACCAUUCAGCCAACUGCCAAAUCAACUCGUAAGGCUUUCUAAUAUUUUGACCCGUGUGGAUAGAUAUCGCAAUAAUCCGACUUGUGAUAGCCCAUCGCCUAAAGUAGAGCGUUCGGUUACAAAUCUCCACGAACGAAUCAUCAGGUUUAUUGACAAAAUGUGGCAUGAGACAAAGGGUGACAGAAGGCCUGUUUGACUAACUAAAAGUCAAACUAUAAUAUUCUUAAUUCCUUUGCACUUAUAGCUGGUUUUUUGUGGUUUUUCGCUUUGCUCAAAAGACUGUUGUUAGCCUACAAGUGCAGGCCAUCUGGUGAUCCUUUUAAAUGAAGCAUGAGUCUACUGUAAUGUGUUAACUUAGAACCCUUAACGAUUGGAAUAUAUACAUGCCUCAAUGCGAAUUUCAUACGGGCCUCCAGUUAUCUCUUUCUGCAAAACACACGGAGAUCUCUGAGCACAUAUAAGAAAAUGCGGAGUAAGUACACAAGUUGAGAGCAAUUUGUCAGAUCAGUCAGCUUUCCCAUUUAUACUUCAAAUUGCGAACGGUUCACGUGCCAUUGAAACUAACCGAUGCUGAAUCGAACACUAAUCUCGGCAAAAUUUUGCCACGGUUUUUUGAUCUAAACUAAAUGCAAACUUCCUUACUUUAUAAGAAUGUAAUUAGCUUGUGUUCGCAAUUCGAUUGCAUGUUUAUUAUCAUGAAUACAUGAUUUCUUAGCCUCUAGCGCAGUGAGAAAUUUUCGAACAAAUGUUGCCACCCCGCAUUCCAUCGGUCUCAUGUGGGACUCACCGCUACAACCAGAUGGAUACUUGGCAUGGUACCAACUAAGUGUUCAGUACGAGAGGACAGAUGGCUCCAAUUUUGAGGCUCUGCGGUACAUCUCACCUGAGGUGACUGCCUAUGUCAUUGACCAGUUGCCUGCUAACCGCGAGAUCAGCGUCAAAAUCCAGUCGAACACGAAGUUGACUGUAUCGCAGGAGGAAUACCCCGCAGGUCAAUGGAGCGAAACUAUUCGCGUAAAAACGCUUGCCGGUAAGUUGAGCACUUCUUCACAUAAUGCAAAGGUUUAUGUACGUGUGAUUCGAUUGCUAUUCAUACAUUCGGUACACUGACAUGAUUGAGAAGUCAGCCUUCGUUUGUAAAUGAUGAGGAUAAACGACAGGUCGCGCGUUAUUUUAGGCAACAGCAUUAUUUACUUAUCGAAUUCAAUGUAAUUGCCGGUAAAAGUCAUGAUCUUAAAACAGUGCAUAUGACAAUCUCCUUAAAAACGCCCAACCUUUCUGCGCUUAUAAAAGCACAGUGAACAGAAUCGGUAGUUUCCUGGGGUUCGCCAUCAUGUUCUCGAAAUGGGCAUUAUCCUCGCAUGAAAUUUAAUAAUUAGACAUAUAAGGCAAUGCAGAUUAUUCGAAAAAAGCAGAAUUCACAACGGACAAAAUGUUGUACCGUCUACAUACCGUACAAUCCUAAAAUGGAAUUCUCACGAGAAUCCGCGCACUGAGAUGGCCAGUAUUUAAAUUAGAGGUUUGCACUACUUUAUUGAAUAUGUAAGCAAGCUACAGUCAGACAUCCAAAAAUAUAUGUAUUUUUAAGCAGCAAAAUUCAUCCACGAAAUCAAAGCGCUUGCUGCUUUGAUGCUAUAGGCUAAUCUGUCCUCUUUUUUGCUGCAAACACUUAAAGCGUGAAGUCAUGUAUUUAGGAGUAUUGUGAACAAGAAUCCAUUGGCAUUUAUCAAUUACGUGGCAAAGAAUAGAAUAGCUAUAUCCGGUUUCCUCCUUACAAACGGGUAACAACACAAACUCGGAUUUCAGGAUAACUAGCUGAGCAAUGUUUAAAGCCAUGUGGUGCCUCUGGGGGAUAAAUGUUAACGGGUUUCGGGGUUUAAUGCGUCAGACAUGACAGUUCCAGUGUUCCUCUCCUAACUGACAACUUUUCUCCGCUGUAAUUUGACCACAUUCUUAGAGAGGGCCUGUUUCUCUUUGUUAAGGCAUUUUAAACAUGACUCCCUUUAUGUUAUUAUAUGAAAUUUUUGCGACUACAAGCUUCCUAUCCAACCUCAGACAACCACUUAAUUUUUAACACCACGAAGUAGUCAGCUUGUUCUGGGAUUAUAACAUAAGACGGACUUCUUCAACGUAAGAUGAUUUAGAAAACGAUGAUGCGAUCACUAGAACGGAAAUUUAUUGGCCUGACGUCUCGAAUCUUCACUCAAACCCAUCACCAGACACAGUCACAGAUAAGAGGGCUAAUACAGUAUACGCGAACAUUACUUGAAGAUACAGGGCCAAUUGAUCGUUUGACCGUCGAUUUCGAUAAUGUUUACCGUGUGCUCCACGGUAGAGUGGGAGCGGGAAGGGCGACUUUGCAGAAAUUUAGUUUAUAGUGAUAGUAGACUUGCACAGCAUCUACCGCACCCUCUCCUCCUCAACCUGGACCCGGUUUCAAGACAGAGUCAAGAAGACCGGAGACGGGGAAGGCGCAUGUGGAUUACACACACCUUGGCGUUCCUUUCCACACCCCCUGGUCCACACAACAAAUGACCAGGUUUUUGAUCAACAACAAGGGGAGGGAGGGUUGACAGGGUUCCAGUUUGCGCGACGUCUGCCGGCAACCGGGUCUGCCACCGCACCCCGAAAUGUUGGCAUUUGUUAUGAUGCGCAAAUCUGAUAACGUCUGCCAGAGUCCAAUAUGGCCCUCGUGUUGAUCCAGUGCAUCUACCACGUGGCUCGUUUGGGGGGGGGGCACUACAAGGCCAACCAGUUCAUUUAACGCGGACAUAAGAGGAUAUAUUCCGUUGGGUUGGCGAGGAGAAGGAAAAUGUCGGUAAGGCGCGCAGUCGAACGGUGAAGAAGCAGCAGUUAUUCGUUGCGCUAGCAAGAGCCAGUCUUGACCACUUGUGCGUGUGGACGCGGUGGAGGGGAGCCCAUCCAUUUACUUCAUAUCAGUAAAAUACCUUUGGGUUGACCUCCGCAGUGGGAACUUGCCAUCUCUGCUACUGCAUGUUGAGAUCUUCGGUUUUUGCCUUCUUUUGUGAGCAGUGGACGUGGUUUAAAAGGUCUUUGCCAAUCAGUAUUGCUACAUUUAAUAUCUAAAGGAUAUUUGAAGAAUCUAUGUAUAAAAACAAGAAGUUAAGCCCACAGGAAUUGCUUCUUAAUGAUGUUUCCUGAUAAGCCCCUGUAUAUUCCUACCUUAAUAUAUAUUGUUUACUUGAGAAUGUACCGGAUAAUUGCGAUAGACACUUCAUGCAUUUUUUACUCAGGCUGCAUCCCGGUUUCAAAGCCGGCGGCUUGACCAACUCCUAGAGCAUGUUAUGUUUACAGAAAUAAUUCACGUUAGAGAAAAUCAGGAGUCAUCCCUCCUAUUGUUGACUGAAUUGAGGCUGAUCUUCAGGAUUGUACGAAAGUAGUGAAGACUGCCUAGCACGUGUUUAACAAACCAGUUAUCAACUAUCACUCUGUUUAUCAGCCUCGUCAUGGGAACAUAAAAUAUGAAGGCGUGAUGCUGGUCUGUGACGGCUUCUGAUGAUGGGUUCGAGUGAGAAUCCACAACGUCAGGCCAGUUGAUUUCUUGUUCCAGUGAUCGCACCUUCGUCUUCUAGUCUUAUAAAUGCUACACAGAGGGCGAAGUAGCUCAGGUUUUGCAAAUUUAGUUUCGGAUUGAAUAGAAACCUUGCCGAGAGGUAAAACACUGACGUUGUCGUUUCUUAACAACUGCGUUGGAUGUUUUCCUGCAGAGCGACUAUGUCCUUUGCAAGUACGACCUAAAGGUGGGGCUUACGUAAAUGCCCGAGUAAAUACACCCAAUAUGCAAGAAACGUGUUCACUUAAGAAGAAGAAGAACUGGCAGUAAUGAGAUUUUGAUUCUCAAUGGCACGUCUUCCUUCAAGUUGACAGCCGAGGCUUUAGGAACUACGCAAGUAACGUACCCUGUUUAACACAGAAAUCCGUCCAUGUCUCUCGACAUCUAUUUGCUCUCAUGCCAGUUGCCUGUAUUCAGGCGUGCUUGCCUAACCCCAAAACGAGCUUCUUUCAGCUAAAUAAUAGCCUGUUUGAUAUUCCACUGAGGACACAAUUUUCACGAGCGUACACAAAUCUUAGUCAUGGGCAAUAAACUCAAUGCGUCGUAAAGGCCUUUUAACCAAGCAAAAUGCGUCUGCCAAACUCAUCUUGGACAUCACAUCGUCAACUAUCAAGGAGUAGGAGUAUUUGAACUAACGCCGAGCUCCAAGUCAAAGUAUUAAUGGAUUAUUUGCCAUUCUUUAGCGUUCAUGUAAACAAAACCUCUUAACUCUGUUCCUAAGCUGCCCGUCCCUCCCAUCCUAAAGGAAACUAUUGCGAUUUUUCAUUUUAUUUUACAGAACCGCUUAAUCGCUUGUCGGUGGAUGUCGUACCUGUAAACAACAAUAGUCUUCAUUUCAAUUGGACAAAUUGGAUUUUCGCAAAAGAUGGACUACUCUGGUUUGAACUGAAGGCGAUAGACACAUUGGGGGAAUCACCUUCGCACUACUCAACCUACGUAAUUUCUUCGAAACGCACUGGCGUUCUAGGGGGUUUGAUUUUUGGCAGAACCUACAAAACUGCGAUUGUUGCCGUGUAUGACAACUGGAGGACUGAAAAGUACUCAGGACUGCACGCAAUUCCAUCAGGAGGUUAUUUAUAAUUCUCAAAUGUCUUUCUAACCAGUAGCUUAUGAUAAAGUGUAAUUUGGACAAAAAUUCAUUUGGUUGCCUCCCAAGGGGUCUUAAGAUAAAUAAAUGCCCUCCAACUGUUCAAAGGCUCCAACUAAAUCGACUUGCUUUUGUGGGCAAAUAAGUCUGUUGUUCUUAACUUUAUAUAUUUUUAUUGGUUAAGCGACAGUUACUACAAGCAAUUGUGAGAGCAUACAUUUUUAACUGCUUCUCAAAAGCACAUAGGAAAUAAACGGACUUGAUUUAAAAGAUCUAAACGCCAAAUAUAUUGGCAUGAUUAUGUAGGCACAUAUAAGUCCUUCGCGAUACUCUCGAAAAUCAAAAUGAUCUGUUUUUAAAACAUUGAUACGCUUUGCAUCGGUUAAGUAACAUUUAUCUAAAGCUAAGUCGUUUUCAGGACUAUCAUGGAAGAUCUUUUAUAGAGAAGGUUUGACAGAUAGCAAUUCGCAUUUGCAUAAUAAAGGAAAUACGUUCACGUUGAGACUACAGCUUACUUUAUCGUAUUGAGAGGACAUGCCUUUUUAUUAAUUCGGCUGUGUUUAAUACAUGCCGUUCUUUAUUUUUUGGCACUAUUCGAUAAAUGUUGAAAUAAAUUAAGGGCUCGCUCUAUCACCGACCCUAAACGUUUCUUGUUAGGACCCAUGCAGUGAGCAGACGCCUUCAGAUAUCCUAAAGCAUUCAGUUCAGUUAGUUAACAUGAUUGGACAGAACGAUGACCCAUUUAAGAUCUAAUGGCUGUUAUCAUCUCCCUUAGGGAAGACAAACAUGUUGUGGCCCAGUUGUCAGCUUGAUGCGAAAUCAACGCGAAAGCCCAAAUUAGGUGUUUCCUUCGACUCGUGAGACAUUAUCGCAUUUCACAAGGACGUCGGUCUCUCUUUCUGCAUCUUAGUAAUUAAAAGCUUCCCAAAUGUUUGAUAUGAGCAAAUGUUUAUAGCGCAUGUGUCAGCUACAUGCAAAUUGAGCAUUCCUCUCCAGAAAACGUAAUCUCUCCUGGAACGCCUUCAUAAUGUUUAUGUUGGCUUUCGACUUUGAACCACUUAAAUAACCAAUCAGAUAUCACAAAUGGCAAAUGCGGGAACUCAGCCAUGGACAUGCUAUUUGGACAAUUUAACAUUUCAAAAGAAAAUAAUAUGUUUACAAUCAAGUAUGGCGUAACUGCAUUCUGACAUACAUAUCAGCCAUUAUUCCUUCAAUUUCUACUCUUUUUUCUAAAACAGAUGGGUUUUAUUGAUAUGUCGGAGAAAACACAUACGGUCUAGAAAUUGAUAAAUUAUUAAUCGACAAUGUUAAAUAUCUGUACAAGCCUACGAAUACCCUAGUUGGCUGCCCAUAUUGAUUAGAACAGCUGGUGUUUCGAUGCUAUAGAUUUACUCAGAGAAAACGCAGAGGUUGCUUCGUAAAUCAUAUGUGGGAAGGCGAAAUAACUUAGGCUGGAGUGGUUCAGUUAAUUUGAUGCAUUUAAGAGCGCAAUCCUAUUUUCUAGAAUAAUAGAAAAGCGUUCGCAUCAAUUUACGAUCCGCAAACAACGGCUAUACUAUAGAAGAGUCCAGGGUACUUAAUAUUAGUUCUAGUCUGCAACCAUGACAGGGGUUCAACUACUUCCCAAAAGUCAAAAUUUACUUGCAACCACUCACCUACAAAAAAUAACUGAUAUCCCGGUAGUCGUAAGGUGAGUUAACCACUUUAUGGGUAGAUGUGAGUACCCGCUUCGCGAAAACAUGCUUCAAAAAUUUUGUAAAACUCAACUUUAAACCGUGAUCAACACAAUUGUAUGCUUGUGGAACUUUUUCUAUUCUGUCAGCCCAAGCGGUGGUGACGGCCGUGCCAAUUGACCCGCGACAUUUCGGAAGCCGAAUUUGAACUGUGCAAGUUUAGGACCUUUUGAUGAGUGAUUGGGGGUUUUAUCUUGCGAAAAAUUUCCCAACGCUCGGACAAUAAUAAUUCCUUUUUUUAUUUAGCCUCCUAUGAAGUACAUAACAUGGCCGUCGAGGCUGUCAAUUCCAGUGCCAUCAGACUCACUUGGGAUCCACCCUUCGAUCCUCAUGCCGACAUACUAAACUACUUUAUAAAUCUACAAUUUACCGGAACGGGAUCUAAUGUCAGUCUUCAGUUUCCGCCGGGAGAAUAUACCCAUGUAAUUGGUGAAUUGCCUGCUGAUAGCGAAAUCACAGUGAAAGCCCGUAUCAUCUCCCGAUCGAGGAUGCAGUCUAAUGAGAACAUAGCUGGCAAAUGGAGCGAAGUACUUCGGGUGAAAACAUAUGCUGGUAACUUGACAUAUUUAUUUAUUUGGUUGAGUGUAUUGGUGUGGUAGAAAAUGUCUUGGAAUAGCUUAGAGGGAACAGUACAAAUAAAAUUCAUAGUUGAGUAGUUGCUUUGAGCGAAAUUUACUUCAUUAUCAUCUUUCUCCAGUUCGACAUUUAAAAGUUCGCAAAUAUUGCAAUACAUUUGAAUCCACUAGUAUAUGAUUUGAGGAAUUAAAAGAUGUAAGCUUUUAAUGCCAGACAGUGAUGUAUACAAGCUUGGUCGUCUGCCUUUAUGGGUGGGGCCACAUUAUACAUACUGACACCCAAUCUGGUCCAUGUUCCUCGUUACUUGAUUUUGCAAAAUCACGUUAUUCCAGUUUUAUUGGAAUUAAGAUUUUGAGGUUUCAUAUAAUGCGCCAUGAGAUACGGGACUCACAAUUAUUUGUAGUGGUGCUCAUGCAAAUUAGGGAAUUUUCGCCAGAAUUAACAGCCGGGAUUCCAGUUUUUUGAAUGCGCGCUCUAUACUCUAGACUUCAUGACUCGUGAAAAUGCAGUUGUUAUUGAUUAUGGAUAGUCAUUUUGACCCACCUGGUAUAAGUUCGGGGCCUCGAUGGUAUUCGAACCCUGGACAGCACGGGGAAGGCUUUAGCACAGCCAAUCAUCUAGCCACCUAAGCUACGAGACUCUAUCGGGAGUCGUGAAAUUAAACUCGUGCAUGUUUGGCUUUUAAGGUCGGCUUUGGAACAUGUAUUUCAUGACAUUUGGACGGAAGAAGACGCGUAGCAAAUUGAGCGGUCAACUGCACGCGUUCCUUUACUCAGAAACACUAACGGCAAUUUUAUGUCCUGUGUUUAUUAACAAGCGAAUGGAUAGCGCGAGCAUGAGUAUACAUCCCUUAAAGUAAGCAUACACUGGAGAACGUUACACGUUUGUUAAGUCUUCAGAAAAGAUCGAGCAAACCUCUGCGAAUUUCAGUCGCAAAAAUGUAUGUAAAUACGACUAUAGAGAAGUGAUUGGAUUUGCCUUUACUGUAGACGGAAUCGAAAUCCGAUAGGCUUAGCGCAGCUUCCAUUAUGUGUGCUGUUAAUUUGGACCUGAGGAUACGAAAAGCACACUAAUGGAGCAGAAAUUGCGUUCUGUCACUGUUAAGGACUGGACAUUAAUAUUCAAAAACGUACAAAAUAGCAAUUUACAUUAACUGCAUAAGACAAAUCAAGUGGCCGGCCCUGCAUUCAAGGUUCGUGCUGUCCAAGACAGUGUGCAUAACGUGAGAAUGGACAUUCCUGUUGCACGUCUGUCGUUUAGCUCUUUUCACUUUUGGUAACGGUCGGCUGUAUGACCUACAAAUAAAUGACAAAUACAAAAAUAUACCCUAAAAUUCAAUUUCCUUCCUUCCUGGCUAUAUGUAAAGUUACAAGUGACGCUUCAUUCAAAGUCCGAGAUUUUUGAAAAUUAUUUUUUGUUUAUUUUUUACAUAUCGUGCUCACUUUUUUGCCCAGUAGGAGCUUACGAUAAGAUUUUCGGCAAAAAUGAUCAUUUUUUCUCUGACUACUUGCUCUCCGUCUUGUGUGUUGAACCACGCAUAAAACUCAAUCCAAAACCAUUCAACGUAUAACACGGUCCAAAGGAAAGUUCAAGUUAACUGUGGGUCCUGAACCUUAUCGCUGCCGUUUUUUCAUUUCAGUCCCAGACGCCCCGCUCAUUGUUAUGGCCAAACCCAUCAGUUCAACUGCAAUUAAGAUCAGUUGGCGUCCACCGCACAACAUUAACCGCAAAAUAGAUCAUUACAGGAUUUUUCUUUCGUAUUCCACAUAUUAUGGUGACUACGAGUCCAGGAACAUCACAAUGGAGCCAUUGGCAAGUAACUGUGUCGUUGACUACCUGCCACCUGCAACUGAUGUUGAAGUAAAAAUUGCGGCUGUAGUCAGGUUGGAUGAUCAAGACGGCAUGGCCGAGAAGGGAAGGUGGAGUAAGAAGAUCGCCGUAACUACCCCUUCCUGUAGGUCCAUAUGCAUCGUGCUUAAUGCACCGGUGCUAUAACCGUGUAUAUUUGUCUUCGAUUUAACUACUUGCACGUCUGCUUUAUGCAAUUCUCAAGGUCAUCUUAGGCUGAAGUGGUGUAGCCAGCUUGUUGAGUGCAGUAAUGAGAUCGUUAUGCAUUUUAAUGCCAAAGAAAUGACUACGUAAGUGAACACAUAUGACGUAAGUAAAUUUAUAUGACGUGUUUACAGUACAGGCAGUGUUCACGAAUUUGUUUCGUUAACGCUGAAAUUAUCGCAACGCGUGGUGGUCGCAAAUGUUGCAGGCGAACGUGGUUCACAUCUUCUCCCUCUCUGACGCCACUACAUUGGCUGUACAGUGUAGUUUGUUCGUAAGAAACGGGCGGAUGAAUUGUAAUUUCAGAGAGAGUUCUGGUGUGGGAUCGCGACCGGACACCCUCAGUUGUAGAGGAUAAUGUUAAAUAUUAAAUACUAGUAAUCCACAUUAGCGAUAGGUAAGUACAAAGUGCUGCUUUGGUGCAACAGAGCUUUAUUCUUUAGUCGGGCGGCAUUUUUCAAGUAAAUAUACAUACAGCUUUUGUUUAAAUAUCUCUGUUGAGUCCGCCAUUAUUAGUUCCUCGGGGAGUCUGUCCCAGGCACCGACAACUCGUUUGGAGAACAAGUAUCCACCAAAGUCCAGAUUGGUAGAUGGAAUGAGUAGACAUCAGAUUCUGGGUGCAAAUGCGGCGUAUUUACGUAGGGGAUCCGUAAAAUGGGUCUGUUAGUGAGAUAGGUCAAUUUGUAUGCACGCGUGCGAGCAAAAUGACCUUGCGGCGGUGUUAAGGCACUUUCUGAUUUGAGGAAAAAUCGAAGAGCAGAAUCUUAUUCAUCUUGGGCGAAUUAGUUAUAACAAAUGGAGAAUAAUUAAAGGAAGAGGGGCAUUUUAUUGGUAACAUCUGCGUACACUGUUCCACUGCGGACCAAAAGUCAUUCCACUGAACGCCACGCAGUGCGAAAAGAUUGAGUUAAUUUGUUUUCGAUUGAAAAAUCAAUACUUGUUAUCGUUUUCCCGGAAAAAAGGAAUGAAACAUUCACCUUUUGUCGGGGACAUUUGCAGUGCACAUAAUAUUACGUUAAAAGACUUGAAGUGCAAACUCAGAUACGCUCAGUUGUGGAGGAUAAUGUUAAAUACGAAAUACUAGUAAUCCACAUUACCGAUAGGCAAGUGCAAAGCGCUGGUUUUGUGUAACAGGGAUGCACAGUCCAUUCGGAUGGUAUUUCUCAAGUAAAUGGACAUCUAGUUAUUGUAAAAAUAUCUCUUUUGAGUCCGUCAUUAUUAUUCCUGCAGGAAAUGCGUUCUAGGCACCGAGAAGGUGUUGCGGAAACGAGUGCCUUUGAACAUCCAGAUUAGACCAGAAUCCUUGAUGGCUGAGAGAGCCUCUCACGCCGGUUUUUUUUGUGGCCAUUGCGAAGAAAUCAUUGACGUGUAGGGCAUAGUCCCGACUGCUCACAAUUUGCUAGGUCCGUAUGAGAUCUCCUUGAACCUGCCUGUACUGGAGAGGGAAGGGGUGAAGCUCAUUAAUUCUGUAUUUUUAAGAUAAAGUCUCGAGAUCCUGCACGAUUUUGGUCGCUAACUUGUCGUUUAGUUUUUUCGUUUUUAUUUUCUUCAGUUUCAAACACUCCACUCAAUUUUACGGCCAAAGCUAUCAACUCAACUGCAAUUCAUGUCAGCUGGCGUCCACCGAAUAACACUGACCGAAAAAUAGAUCACUACAAGCUUUUUGUUUGGUAUCACGAAAUCGGUGUUGGCCACGACAAUAAGGACAUCAUUAUUGAGCCUUCGAGAAACUACUUUGUCGUUAACGACCUGCCGCCCGCAACUGAUAUAUUAGUAACAAUUGCGGCUGUAGUCAGAUUGGAGGAUGAAGACGGUAUUGCCGAUGAGGGAAUGUGGACUAGGAUGAUCUUCGUUACUACCCUUACUGGUAGGUCUAUAUGCAUUGUCCCUAAUGCACAGGCGCGUAAUACAGUGUGUAUUUUACUUCAUUUUCAUUAAUUGCACGUCUGUUUAUACAUUUUUGAAGGUUGUCUUAGGAUGAAGUGAUGUAUGGAGCUAAAUGAUUGUUCUAGUGAGAUCGUUUUAUAAUUGAAUGCUCGUGGAAUUACCACCUGGGUGAAUACGUAUGCCGGACACACAGAAUAGGCUGUGUUCACGCGUUUGAGUCCUUUAGGGCGAUGUGUGGCAACUGCAAAUGUCUCAGGCAAACGCGGUCUACUCCUCCUCCUCUAUCUUCAUCGCUAUGACUUUGCUGUACAGAGUGAUUUGUCCCAUGAGACGCUAACGGUUGCGUCGUGGUCGCAAUGACACUGCCGGUGUCCCAUAUUACUGCGUGAUCUCGGCGUUGAUCGUCAAGCCGACCGUAAUGAAGUCGCGAACGUCUGGGACUCUAAUGCGCACGACUAGGUGGUUUUCGCUCGGGCCAACAAAGUGUCCGUUGAGUUUAAAAGACGUUGGUGUUUGCAAUUGCUGACGUGAGUCCUCAACCCACGGCUGGAACCGUCACUGAUGGCCAUCGUCCAGAGUGCAUCCGAGAGGUAGGACGCGAAUUUGUUUCCGGUUCAUGCAAUAUAUCCUCCUUAUUCUCGAGUUACUGGUUGGUAGACGUCAUGUCUCUUGAAGGCAGUUCACUCGCUUCGGAACACUUGUCAAUGAGGGAUGGAACUUCUAUUUUAACUUCUCCAGGGAACGUGAUUGUCGACGUAUGAGUGUCAGUUAAAAGAAAUUGCGUAUCAGUACAUGUGCUGAGCGCACAGUGCCUCCUAAUCGCCCUGUAAUCGCAGGGUGAACUAACCGCGUUCUGGGUAGAGGUGGGUACUCGCUACUCGAAAACAUGCUUGAAAACCCCGCAUUGACUCCAAACGGAGACGUAAGAGAUGUAAAUCUGUUCGUUUUAUUCAGUGGAUUCAUGUAAAUUAGAGGGUUUUACGCAUUCUGACGAGCAGGCUCACUUCAGUUUGCAUCUCCGUCCCUCGUCUGGUUGCUACGCAAGCGCGGAAAAACAUGUUCGGAUGUACAAGCAUGUAGGGCAUGCAUGCAGCUCCGUCUAAUGAGCUUUUGAGCCUUUCUGACCGAAAGACUCUUUUCUGGUAUGAAGUCAUCCGAACCAGUGUCUGUCUGGCACAACGCCAGACUAGUGGAGAUAACUUAGAGACAGGUUCAACUUUACGAUUUUACUCACCGACAUAGAUAUAAUUAUGCACACACACUCUCUCUUUCUCUCAAGCAUUAUUGUUUGCCCACCGAAUUUAUGCGCUAAUCUGACACCUGUGAACACAUUAUGCGUUUCAGGAAUUUUUUCUGGAUGACGAACUGAACUUUUCGCCCGUUCGAGAUCGCAUUCAAUCACUCGUCUUUAGAGAUGGGGAGAAAUGGAGUGCGAAAUUUACCAUUCACGUUUUCUCUUAUCCUACAAAAAUUUCGCAAAACGCAACUUUAAGCCGUGCUCAACACAACUGCAUGCAUGUGGAACGAUAUGGGCCAACCGGCGAAGAUUUCUACUGGCCUACGUUAGAUAUCAACACUCAAAUUUAGCCCACAAUCCUGGUCGAAAUGGUUACAUCACCGUCCGUAUUUAUGCCGCAUGGUGUCCGCUCAGAUAAAAACUUACCUCUCCUUCUAUAUCAUAGGCACCCACUUCUUUGGUAGAGGCUGAUAUCUAUUCGUCUCUGGUGCAGCCUAGUUUCCAUCCAUCUCACGCGAUAUAACACCAUUCAACCGAUCGAUACUCGUCGCCCGAAUGAAACAAAUGCAUGUUUCUGGAGGUCUAGCCUCUAAAAAAUCUCUCUUUCUCUCGGCACCUUCCCAAGGACCUUAAGUGGUUUAAGGAGACAGAGUUUUUAUUGAAACCGCUAUUAAGACCAGAUGUACAUUCAAAUGGGGCGGAGGCAAUCAGCACGUAAGUAACGUGUUUAGGAUGAGAACCGCUGUCAACCGCAUUCGAGAGCGCAUCCCAUGCACUGAUGCCGGCAGCAACCAGAGGGAUUUGUCUGCAAAUUGCCAAAUGAUGGCGGGCGAGUAGACGUUGCAGGUGUCGAAUUCGAUAGGAACGAUCAGCGUUCCAAGAGAGGAAGUAUUACUCAACUCUACUCGCCUGCGAACACGUCGAAAUUGGCAAGAACGUAGGUAUACGCGUAAGGGUCAUGAUGCGAGAUGCAUCUGUUGCCGCAAGCUAUGUCCCAAACUGAUAAUGAGGAUCUUCCAUUUGAGAAGUCUUGACAAAUAACGUUCCGAGUCUCUACGGCAACGUAAAUGCGUUCAGUUCAAAAAGUACAAGGAAACAUGAUGUGCCGAUAGAACACGCCUUUUAGGGAAAUCCGUUUUAGACAGUACUUGCCUUUCAGCAACUGUUUUGUGAAAUUAUUCUUCAAAGUUUUGAGGGAGAAAUUACAACUCCUUCUAUUCUAUGUCAGCCCACGCAGUGAUGAUGGCUCUCCCGAUUGAACCGUGGCAUUUCAGAAACCGAAUUUCAACUGUAAAUCAAAUGCGCAAGGUUUAGUAAUUUUCGAUGACUGAUUGGUGUUUCUAUUUUGCGGAGAGGUUCCCAACGCUCAGACAAUAAUAAUUCCUUUUUUAUUCAGCCUCCUAUGAAGUACACAACCUUGCCGUUGAGGCUGUCAAUUCCAGUGCCAUCAGACUCACUUGGGAUCCACCCUUCGAUCCUCAUGCCGACAUACUAAACUACUUUAUAAAUCUACAAUUUACCGGAACCAAUGACUCAAGAUCUAAUAUCAGUCUUCAGUUUCCGCCAGGAGAAUAUACCCAUGUAAUUGGUGAAUUGCCUGCUGAUAGCGAAAUCACAGUGAGAGCCCGUAUCAUCUCCCGGUCGAGGAUGCAGCCUAAUAAAAACAUGGCUGGCAAGUGGAGCGAAGUACUUCGGGUGAAAACAUAUGCUGGUAACUUGACAUAUUUAUUUAUUUAGUUGAGUGUAUUGGUGUGGUAGAAAAUGUCUUGGAAUAGCUUAGAGGAAACGGAUAUACUAUGCCAGUUCAAACGAACAUGUCAUGAUACUGUUGUGCGUAGCAUUUACAGUGUAUAAAAGACUUGAAGUGCAAACUCGGCUACCCUCAGUUGUGGAGGAUAAUGUUAAAUAUGAAAUACCAGUAGUCUAUUUGGGCGGUAUUCUCAAGUAAGUAGAUAUAUAGUUAUCGUGUAAAUGUCUCCCUUGAGUCCAUCACUAUUACUCCCGCAGGUAAUCCGUUCUAGGCACCGAGAAGCUGUUGUGGAAACGGGUAACUUUGAACAUUCUGGUGGGAUUAUACUCCCGAUGGCCAAGAGAGCCCUUUUACGCAGGUUUGUUUUUGUGGCCAAUAUGAAGAAAUCAUCGAAAAGCAGGGCAUAGUCUCGACUUCUCACAAUUUGCUAGGUCGUGUGAGGCCUCCUCGAACCUGUGUGUCCUCGAGAGGAAAGAGGUGAUGCCCACCAAAUCUUUAUUUGUAAGAUAAACUCUCGAGAUAAUACACGAUACUGGUCGCCCUACCCCUCCCCUUUGAACCCUUCCGAAGAACCUGAAGUCUUUCUUCAGCCAGCGUCGCCACGCCUACAUUGGAUGUUUCAAAUAUAAACUAAAGUAAUGCUCCGUAUAGUACUUGGUGGGGAGACUUUUAAAUCCAGUCGAUUUUUAAAUGUCACUUUUUAUGCUAGCUUGAAGUCUAUUUUGACAGUUAUGGCUCUGAAGAUGAAGAUGCGAUCACUGGGACAAGAAGUUUAUUGGCCUGACGUUUCGGGUUCUCACUCGAGCCCAUCAUCAGAGACAUUCGCAGAUAGAGGUAAAGGUGGCACCAGGAAUGCAGUAUUUAUAGCACGUGGCUGCCGUGGGACCGUAUGCGCACUGCAAUUAACAGUUCUCACAAUCGCCGUUGUCCCAGUGAUCGCAUCUUCAUCUUCUGAACUGCUACCUGGGACUCGCCUGUUCGCUUCUAUCAGCAGUUAUGGCUCUCUACAUUUCAUCAGGCACUGUCACUUCUCGCAGAGAGUUCGAACAUGUCUCCCAUACCGUAAGCAUCAUGAGCUUUUUAAAAACCUGACGCCAACAACUUUUCGACUCCUCUUUCGGCAGAUGGCUCCAAGUUGAACAGUCCGCGUCGCACAUUGACAUUCCCAGCUUUAGUAAAUAUUCAUUUCAACUGGACCUAUAUUUUUAGACCCACGAUCCGCGUUAAUGUCCAUUAAAGUCCACACAGUUAUAGACGCGGGAAUUUACCCAUAGACACGUAAACUAGUAUUCCAAGUAGUCUGGACGUGUUUAUUUCUAAAGUUCCUCUGCAUUUUCGAGAUUAGUUGAGUGUGAUGUGAUAUUCGCAUCAUUAGGAGUAGAGAAUCCCCAAGAAAUGUCCCUUUAAACGUAUGUACUGCCUGAAGCGAUAGUUGUCAUAUGCAUCAGCCUGGCGUAUAGUCCACGGCUAAUGCGCAUUCAGUCUAUGGUAGUUUUUUAAGGGAUACUGCGCGAUAGCUGUGUGAUGGCUUGCGGAAUGGCGAACCACCCCAAGCAGUUUGCGCGUGCAUUCAUUUAAUGUAGUCGUCUGUAUAGAUCCAGCCAUGUUUCCCAGAAGUAAAAAGCAAAAUGUUUGGACGACGUUCAGAUCUGCUGGAAGCGCUGGAGAUUGUAGUUGAUAUUCGAACGUAAGCCAAUUAUUCCAUUCCAUCUGGAGCCAGAAAAAUGGGCGUGGGUGUUUGGUUCUGCAAAAUUCUGCGGACAGCGUUUGCAUAUUUGCGUAGAUCGAAAAUUUGCUUUAUCAUCACCUCCCUCCAGCUCGACAUUUAAAUUCUCGCAAAUGUUGCAAUACAUGUUAGUUCACCAGUAUAUGAUUUGGAGAAUAGGACAAUGCUAGUUCUCGGAAACAGUGUUUGAAAAGUAGGCCUUUAUUGCUAGACAGUAUUGAGAACAAACGUGGUCACCUGCCAUUAUGCGUGGGGCCAAAAUAUUUAUACUGACAUCAAAAUUGCGUCAAAUCAUCUACGAACUGGAGGUGCGAUGCAGGAUUAUUACUAAAAAAUAUUUCAAGGAAAGCCCAACUUGUAACCCUAUUUGGGUCACGUGCAUUGUUACCUGAUUUUGCAAACUUACACUAUUUCAUCUCUAUUAUGAAUAUUCAUUUUGACCCACCUGAUAUAUGUUUGGCGUCUCGGUGGGAUUCGAGCCCAGGACAGCAAGAGGAAGGCUUUAGCACAGCCAACCCUCUAGUGACUUAAGCUACGAGGCUCUAUCGGGAGCCGUGAAAUUAAACUCGUGCAUGUUUGCCUUUUUAGGUCGGCUAUGGAAAAUGUAUUUCAUGACAUUUAGACGGAAGAAGACGCGUAGCAAAUCGAGCGGUCAACUGCACGCGUUCCUUUACUCAGAAACACUAACGGCAAUUUUUGUCCUGUGUUUAUUAACAGGCGCAUGGAUAGCGCGAGCAUGAGUAGAUAUCCAUUAAAGUUAGUAUACACUGGUGAACACUACACGUUCCUUAAUAAUUUAACAAAUAUCAGCCGGACAUCUAUGGAUAUAUUUCAGAAUUAUUCACUGGGAAUUGAUUGCGCGCCCAUAUUCAGCAGUUCUUCUAACUUGACCUAUAAGAAAUGAAAGAAAUAUUGAUUAGUUAGUACGCGCGUUCUGCGACUGUUUAGGACGUGAGGAUAUGUAAAAAAUUACCAUUUAAAAUGUGCAUGGAAAUUAGUACUAUGGAUUUGGGUUGAAUUCAUAAAAUGUCCCGCUCGAUACAGGAUGAAUUGAAAGAAAUAAGCUGCUUAUCGUGAUAGGGAAUGUUGACAGGUACUCAGUUGAUAUCUAUCGGUUAAGUUGUGAUUAAGAGUGAAUAUCCCAUUUCAUUUAAAUGUUAUAUUAACAGUAGAUGUUUGUCAGACACUGGGGGAGGGUACUGCAGUAGUCAAUAUAAAUUUUAACGCGUGCAAGAUGCUUUCAAAGACACUUUAAGCAUAAACUUCAGCAUAGGGAUGCGCUAUUGACAGUACAUAUAAUAAUACCAAUUCUGUCGUCGGAAUUUUGUUAAAAAGGUGUCGAGUGGCUUCAACGAGCCCAAAAUCAGGCGAAUCGAGAGGCUGUUCGAAGUGUUUUUUUUCACAAAAAAUCCAAAUUAGCAGCUGCAAUAUGCAUUUGUCGCAGUUGAUAGAAGCCCUCUGUAAGGCCUGUCCUUCACUGUAGGACGCAUGAAUGUUUGCUUCAAUGCCAGAUAUUCACGGCUCAUAAUUGCAGCUGCAUUGUCAACUGCCUCCGACUGCCAUUCCGGACGCGGCAAACGUGUCACCGAUGGUUCUUCAGCCUUAAUUCCUGGUUGCAUUAUUUGGGAGUGCUGAAACUAAGGUCCUGAGAUCGCAUAUUGUCCGGCAUCUUUACUUGAUUCUUCCCGAGUGUGUUAGCGUCCCAAAAGUUGUCACUCGGCUCAGGCCAGAUCACUAGCGGAUCCCCGUUGUUUAAAACGGAGCGCCAAGUUGUGCAUUGUUGGUUUUCUGGUGGAUUCCUAACACGGAACUGGUAUACACAUACCUUGCGAUUUGACAUAAUUUUAAUUGAUACAUGAUUUCACAGAGGCCGAAUAAGGUAUCUACAUAAAUCAGCCAGGAGGCCCACAUUUGCAAAAGUGCAGAACCACAGAAGUUUGCAUAAAAUGUUUUUUUAUGUAUUAUGCAGAUAAAAAAUGCAGCCGAAAAAAACACUUCAGCGUGCGAUGGAAAUGCCCUCGACUGAGGUUUUUUGCAAGGCCUAUGUUCUCAUUUAAGCAGUUCAUGUGGCCCACUUGUUGUCAAGCCCGCUGACUAUGGUCUAAUCGUUUUAUUUUCUGUCUUCAGUCCUGAGCGCGCCUCUCAAUGUUACGGCUGAACCAAUCAGUUCAAAUGCAAUUCAGAUCAGUUGGCGUCCAUUGCACAACACUGACCGCAAAAUAGAUCACUACAGGAUUUUCCUUUGCUAUUCCGGAGACGAUGGUGACUAUGAGUCUAAGAACAUUACAAUGGAGCCUUUGACAAACAACUGUGUCGUUAGCGGCCUACCGCCUGCAACUGAUGUAGAAGUAAAAGUUGCGGCUGUAGUCAGGCUGGAGAAAGAAGGUGUCAUGACUGAGGAGGAAACGUGGAGCGAGGAGAUAGCUGUAACUACUCUAUCUGGUGAGACGAAAUGCAUCUUUUUUAAUGCACCAGUGUGAACUCUAGUGUGUCUGUGUGAUCUAGCUUUAACUAGGUACAUGUCUGCAGCUAUCACCGAUGGACACUGUCCAGAGUGCAUCCGAGAAGUCAGACGCAAAUGUUUUCAUGCAACUACUUCUCCUUAUUCUGACGUUCUGGGUUCGUGUGCAGGAUGUUUCUUGAAGGCAGUCACCUUCUUUGGGGUCUUUUUUCACUGCGGGAUACGAUUUCAGGUACAAGGUGUGCUUCAGGAGAUUUUUCAGGAUAUCGCCCAAAUCACAAUGUUUUGUGUUCGUUCUCCUCACUGAUUCAAAUCACUUGUCGAACAUGUGAGGUUGACUCUUCAACAACGGGAGGUUUUAUGGUGUCACCCAGCCAAUAUUUUCGACCAGGUGUCAUGCGCGAAAGGGAACCACGACGCCGCAGCGGCACAGUCUUGCGGCUGUAAUCAGUUUAAUAGAAAUGGCAGCUGAAAUUAGCUAUUCGUGUUUCUCAAUGAAAAACAUCAUCUUCUUGACUCUAAGCUUUAAACUUAAGCUGAUUCGUAUGCCCUUAUAGGGACACUAAGGACCCAAAGGAACACUUGGCAUCCGAAAAGAACUCCAUCGCCUAUGUCAGCAUUCGCCAAACUGUAA